UCCAGCCAUUGCCUUGACGAGUCAUCGCCAGAGAGGAGCUCAGAGCAGCCCGAGGAGUAGCUGCAGACGGCAUAUCUGUCACGGCGGGUUUACUGCAUCACACGGCGGACCGGACUUCCACGCAGGGUGGGGUUUAAAGCCUCUUUAAGGGACGCUGUUUAUAUUUUGGACCGGAACGCAGACUACCCCCCCUCCCUUACCAAAAACAGACAGACAGUGAAGUAGCACCAGAGCCGCCGCUACAUCGCUGAGGGAACUUGGCAUCUCUGCGCAGUGGGAGGUGUCUGUCUCGCGGCUUCUUUUUCUAAACGUCCCGCUGGCAUGGACCUCUAUUAAAAGGGGAGGGGGGGUAGUGUUUAGUGCAUUUUCUCCACCUUUUUUUUUUAUUCUUUUUUUUUUCUGCAACCAACUGUGGCUUUAAUGUGACGCGCCGUGCAGACAGUCUGAGAGGGAUUCCCACUGCAGAGGAGUUCAGUAAAGGCUCCAUUUCUCAACUUUUUACCUUCAUAUGAAGCAGUCGCAGCGAAACCAACACUGAUGUAAAAGUGACAAAGACUUUAGAAGACCAAGCCAGGCCAGGCCAGGCUAGGCCAGGCCGGGCCAAACCAGAUUGGUCAGCUCCAUCUCCACGAGAGUGACCUUGGAGAGAGCAUAUCCUCGUCAUUAUCUGCCAUUCAAGCUUUAAAGAUUCCUUUGUGGCUGCCAGCACCUGAUCAGUCUCCAGUCCUAUGUUGUGGUCUGUUUUGUCUGGAUGUCGGAAGCAGGAUGGAUUCUGGACUUGAUUUGACCAUUUAUACCUCAUCGCAGCAUCGGCCAGCCUCCCUAUUGGACUGCUUAUCCUCCCAAGUCUUUAAGCCCCCACUUCUUACCUGGGGCCUUCCUCAGCCCUCUAAGGAAGGGCCUUAUAGGAACUGUAGCUUGUCUUGUUAGAACUGCUGACAUUUGCAGAGAGGAAACAGAGCUGAUAAGUCCUGACAAACUUUUACAGAGAACAAGAGUUGCUCUGUCAGUUUUCUGAUACAACCAAUUGCCUUUGAUUUUUUUUUUUUGAGUUCUGAAGUUUACACAAAUAGGUUUGUCCAAAUUCUCACUUUUUACACAAAUCCUUAUUUAUAUUUUCCUUCUUUUUCAUUGUGGUCUGAGCCCAGCAGAAGAAUGUCCGAAAGCAGCAGCAAAGCAGUAAAAUUCCUCGCCCCGCUCCCCCCUGCGCCCUCCGACUCCCCCUGCCCGUCACCUCAAACCCCCCACAAGAAUGUGAAUGGCUCUGCAAGCUCAGACUCGCAUGUCGUGGAGAAGAUCGGCGAGCAGCCCGAGGUGCGGCGGCGGCGCCACACCAUGGAGAGGGACUCCAAAACAGCCGAGCACCGUUUCUUCCGCCGCAGUGUUAUCUGCGACUCGAACGCAACAGCUUUAGACCUGCCCAGCAAAGCGACGGUACUUAUCACCUCACCCCCAGACUGUGAAGGGUCCCCCCUCUUCUUGUCCUUGCAGAACUUUAGGCCUGAGGAGCAAGAGGCUGAAGGUGAGAAAAAUGGAAGAGGGUCCUACUUGCAAAGUGCUGGACUCCCGCCUUACUCUGACCUGGGGGGGACGGCUAGCCAGGGGCACAUCCAGCAUUCCUUGGGAGAUUUAGAUCUAAAUGUUCUCUCUUUGGCUGUACCCACAACUAGUAGUGCUAUUUAUGGUGCAGAAGAGUCAACAAAAGAGCCGACCCAGUCAGCUUUGGAUGUUACGGACAGAGAGGUGUGCAAACAGCCCGAAGUCAAGUUGUGUGCCAGAGGGAUUCAGGAAGCGCAACCGGCGUCAAAAGACGAAAAGGCGGACGAACCCGGUAGCGACGGAAACGUUAGCAGCCCGACCGAUGAGAAGGACCGAGAGAAAGAGGAGGAGAAGGGGCAAGCGAAAGCGCGGGCAGAGCAGAGGGAGGCUGAGAAACGAGUCCAAGACGAUAUAGAGGAGGCCGAGACCAAAGCUGUAGGCACCUCGCCGGACGGGCGCUUCCUGAAAUUCGACAUUGAGAUCGGUAGAGGGUCUUUCAAGACCGUCUACAAAGGACUUGAUACGGAAACUACCGUGGAAGUGGCAUGGUGUGAGCUACAGGACCGUAAGCUGUCCAAGUCGGAGCGCCAGCGUUUCAAAGAGGAAGCCGGGAUGUUGAAGGGUCUCCAGCAUCCUAACAUUGUCCGCUUCUAUGACUCCUGGGAGGGUUUGUGCAAAGGAAAGAAAUGUAUUGUUCUCGUCACCGAGCUCAUGACAUCUGGCACGCUAAAAACGUAUCUGAAACGCUUUAAGGUCAUGAAAAUCAAGGUCCUGCGCUCAUGGUGCCGACAGAUCCUCAAAGGUCUUCACUUCCUGCACACCAGGGCCCCGCCCAUCAUCCACAGAGACCUGAAGUGCGAUAACAUCUUCAUCACAGGGCCAACGGGGUCUGUAAAGAUCGGAGACCUGGGACUGGCCACCCUGAAGAGGGCAUCCUUCGCCAAAAGCGUUAUAGGUACUCCAGAGUUUAUGGCUCCUGAGAUGUAUGAGGAGAAGUACGAUGAAUCUGUGGACGUCUAUGCCUUUGGCAUGUGCAUGCUGGAAAUGGCAACCUCUGAGUAUCCCUACUCGGAAUGCCAAAAUGCAGCGCAGAUCUACAGACGGGUAACAAGUGGAGUGAAGCCUGCGAGUUUUGACAAGGUGGCCAUUCCUGAGGUGAAGGAAAUUAUAGAGGGCUGUAUAAGAACAGACAAAGAUGAGCGAUAUGCCAUCAAAACCCUGCUGAACCACGCGUUCUUCCAGGAGGAGACAGGGGUCAGGGUUGAACUUGCAGAGGAGGAUGAUGGGGAGAUGAUUGCUAUCAAACUUUGGCUCAGAAUAGAGGACGUCAAGAAGCUCAAAGGUAAAUAUAAAGAAAACGAAGCCAUCGAAUUUUCCUUUGACCUGAACAGAGAUGUACCGGAAGAUGUUGCCCAGGAAAUGGUGGAAUCGGGUUAUGUUGCUGAGGCCGACCACAAGACCAUGGCCAAAGCGAUCAAGGAUCGCGUGUCUCUAAUCAGGAAGAAAAGAGAACAGAGGCAGCUGGUGCGAGAGGAGCAGGAGAAGAGAAAGCUGGAGGCAGAGCAGCAAAAAGAGGCGUUCAAAGCUCCCCACACUCAGUCAAAGAUGGAGGAUGCAGAGUCAGAACAACUUCACCACCAGCAUUCUCACACAUCUGAAGGCGGACUGGACAGCAGACAAGGUUCCUCGGUUUUCUCCUCCGACUCCCCCCACCUGGGUCAGCUGGCUAUGUCCUACAGCUGCCCCCCGUCCUCCCAGCCCCCCUCCCAACCCCAGACCCCAUACCCCCAAACUCCCUCUGCUGCGUCGCAGCAGCAUCCAGGCUACUCGCAGCCACCGCAGCCAAUGCAGCAUUCAAUGCCACAUCCCUACGGCGGAGGAGCGGGCGGGGGAGUCCCAAGUCUCCCAGAGCCUCCGAACAUUUUCUUCCCCUCCAUCGCUGAGCGUCCCAUUUCCUUCUCUCCUCCACCAACCGGGCCUCCAAAGGGCUACAACACCCAGAGACGCAAGAGCACCUCCAUCUUGGAGGCUCAUACACGUCACUUCCAGCCAGCCUACCCCCGGUACGGAAGCACCCUGCACCCGUUUUCUGGCAUGGAAACUGCAGAGGCUCCAUCUCUCUUUAUGGUGAACCCUGGCUUUGCAGCAGCCGCUCAGAGGCUCGGCGCUGGUGACUCUCUGCAUCUCCCAGGGCAGUCCGAGCCCACUUUGUUUGGAUAUAAAGACAUGCGAGCAGAACACGAGGAAGCAGUGAGGCGUUUGAGUCUUAAUCAGGCUGCUUUGUUGGACCAUUAUGAAGCAAUGGCGUAUGCAGGGUACCCAAUGACAGCCCACCAGCUGGGUCACCUGAGUUAUCAUCAUCAGAGACAGGCAGCAGCUGCGGCGGCAGGCUUUGGCUUCGAUCCUGGUCCUCCACCUCAACCGGGAUUCAUACACCCACACAUAUUGCAGAGAAUCAGUGCACACAGCCCAAUACCCCCACCGCUGCCCCCCAUGACUCCAUCCACUGGAGGGUCCAUCUCAUCUUCAUCAUCCGACAGCUGCUUCCCUCCUCAGCAUGCCUCCUCAUCCUCCUUCCCCAUUUCUGCCCCUCCAGUAAUGGCAGACGCUCCUCCUGCUGGAAGUGUUUUCGAGUUCCAUAUAGCUGCAGCCGCCGCCGCUGCAGCUGCAGACCCAAACCUGCUGGCGUCCAGAAUUUACAGAGCUCGGCGGAGCUCUAUGGACCUCCCCCUGGAGGACAGCUCUGGAACGGGAUCCGGUGGUUCGGGAUCGUACAGCCGCCUCCAGCCGGUCACAGAGGAGCUCUACUCCUACGUCAGCCCAGAGCUUCCAAUGCCUCCUGGGAACCUCCUCCUUCACCACAUUGGUUUAAGCACAAAGGACCGAAGCCCUGAACCCUCCAGCGACUCUCUGGCCUCCUCCGAUGCUGGAGAGUUUCAGUCGCCACCUCCCCCGAAUCUCCCUGCUCAGUUUGACUCCUCAGCCGCUCAGUCCAUCCCUCGCUCCUCCUCUUCUGCACACCAAGAUUCCUCAGGAGGAGUCCUCCACCAAGACCCCCAGGGACAUGCACCAUCCAUCCAGCACUUUUUCCCUCCAGCUCUCUCCUCCGAAUUCCCACCUGGUGGAGCAUCAUCAACUCACCUGGAGUCUCUGCAGAGUCCCUGGUCCCAGCAAGGAGGGGUGGCACCAGCCCAACCUGAUAUGACCUACCAUGAGUCAUUGCAGGCUGCUAUUCCCCCUCUGCAGGCUCAGACUCCAACUCCUAAACCAAGUUCAGGAUCCCCUCUAGUCCCUGCUGCAACACAAUCUGAUCCUGCAGGAACGUCCCAACAGGCUCUGUUAUGUGGUCAGAGUUCUUCCCUUCAGAGUCCAUCACACACAGGCCUGCAGCAGGCAUCUGCACAGCCCACUUUACCUCCACCAACCUCUGCCGUUCCCAUGGCGACCCUCCCUUCUCCUUCAGCUCUUUCGACAUCAGUUGGGCCCUCCCUCCCCUCCCCUGUGCCGAUCCCUGUUGGGGUGGUGCCUACCCUCGUUCCCUCUCCUCUACCUCCUGUGCCCUCACCUGUUCCUCAGCCUUUGGCCACCGUGGUGCCAGUCAUCAGUGUAAUCACCACUCCUCCUGACACUCCCAUGGAAGUCCUUCCAAAGUCGGCUUCGCAGGCGUCAGAGCUGUCACAAGGACAACUACAACCACCUCAAGCUCUAUCAUCUAUAGAGAGCGGCCACUCUGAGACUUCGGGCCUGAGUGAUGGAAACGAAGGAGGCUGUGGUCGCCAUGAGGGACGCUCCACCAAACGACAACAGAAGCGUUCAGUCCGAAGCCGGUCGCGCCAUGAAAAGAUGUCCAAGGGGAAACUUCAUGUUCUUAGUAUCUCCAACCGAGGGGACAGGGUGGCAGAGUGUCAGCUGGAGACUCACAACAGGAAGAUGGUGACGUUUCGGUUUGAUCUAGAUGGAGACAACCCCGAGGAGAUCGCCCAGAUCAUGAUUCAGAGUGAGUUUAUCCUGGAGAGUGAGCGAGAAUCAUUCAUUGAGCAGGUCAGAGAGGUAAUCAAGAACGCUGAUCAGAAGGGUUUGGAAAGAGACACAAGCAGCCAGUUGAUGUGCGGCAAAGAAGAGCAGACUCCUGCGAUAAGUAGCCCCAUGCCAGACAUCGCUCCCAGUGCAGCUGCACAGGUGGUCCAUUCAGCAGGACGGAGAUUCAUUGUUUGUCCUGUACCAGAAGGCAGACUGAAGGAGCAAACACUGCCCCCCUCGCCUUCUCCUGCUCCUCCAACUCCUGCUGACACUGCUCCAUCUCAUACUCCAGGCCAAAUGGUGGGAUUCUCCCAUUCUGCAGGAGCAGUUACGUUACAGCAAGCCUUCUCUGAGCUGAGGCAGAACAAAAACCAGUUUGAUCCAGGUCCAAGCACGGCUCCGGCCUCCAUGCACUCCAGCCAUCCUCCCCUGCAGCCGGCAGCAGUGUCGGCCUCUGCACACAGCAGCAUCGUCACUCCCACUGUGGAUCCGGGUCAACAUCAAGUUGAGCAGCCCAUGGAAGCCUCUCCUCCUCCUAAUCCCUCCCUUUCCUCAUCCUCCACCCCGUCCUCUGCGCCCCCCACCUCCUUCAGUUCUCCCUUUUCUUCAUCUCCUCCCCCCACCAUGAUAAGUCAGACCCCUCUUCAGCCUCAGCCCGUGAUGCAGGCCGUAUCUCUACCACAGACCCAAACUCAGGCUUAUAUUCAGCCCCAAACUCUUCCCCUUGCUUCCCUGCCUUCCUCUCUACCAGCAGCCACCAUCUCCAGCAUCCCCCACACAGGGCUCACCUCCUCUGCUCCAGGCCAGGCUGUCCCAUUUGUAUCCUCGCCUCCCUCCUCUCUCCGCACAUCCAUUGAGAUCUCAUCUGCCCAUCCAUCAGUCUCUCCCACAUCCUCCCUCACAUCAUCCACCUCCAUAUCCUCCAUUAUCCCCACCACUGCCAUUCUGGGUCCACAGCUUUGUCCAUCUUCCACCACCCCAGCAGUUCCAACAGCUGGCUUUGCCCCCUCUGUGGGACUCCAGCCGGUGACCACAAACGUCCCCCCAGUCCAGCCCACUUUGGUCCACUCACAGCCACAGACCACAGCCUUGCCAGGGCAGACCCACACACACUGUGGAGAGUGUGACACCAGGACUGAAGCCUCUUCGGACUCCGUCGGCAAACCAGACGACAUUCAAGCUCUGGACAAAAAGCUGCGCUCCCUCUUCAUGGACCUCGGCGCGGGGGUUCCAUCCACACAGGGCGAUUUAGCUAUUGACCCCGCCUCUGGAGCUGCCGUGACAGGUACCUCGUCCCCCGGUGGCACCGGCUCUACCUCCACCACAUCUGUAACAGCUGGCUCCAACCAGCCAGUCAGUCCACCUCUGCCCCCCUCCAGCUUGGCACUGGGCUCUUUGGGAUCACCUGCACCCCUGCAAGGCUCAGGGACACCCACAGCCACGCCUGCACCAUCCAUCAUCCCUGCCUCUUCUAUGGGCCAGACUACUCCAUCCAAAACCCCUCUCUCCAGGAUGCCGGCCACUUCUCCUUCAUCAGAACUCCUGACAUCCUUCCCUGGACCUUGUCUAAUACAGUCCCAGCAGCCUCUAGAGGACCUGGACGCCCAGCUAAGGAGAGCAUUAAGUCCAGAAACUGUCCCUGUCUCUCACAGCAGUACUCCUCCAAUUGGACAACCAAUUCCCUUCUCCCUGGAAGAAGAAAAAGCCCCUCCUCCUGCAGGGGGGAUUAAAUUAGGAAGGUUUCAGGUGUCACGGGCUGCAGAAGAGCCCGCUGUUCAGCGCCCGUCCUGCACUGAGUCUUCCUCCACCUCCUCCUCCACCUCAUCCUCCUCGUCAUCCUCCAGCCUCUCCAGCCCGGAGAACACUUUGCACAAAGACUUCUCGCCCCGUCUAAGAGGAAAAGGAGUUAAAGGUGGGGAUGUUGUGGACGGACUCCCUCAGAAGACUCCGACGGGAUCCCACCCCGUCUCCCCUUCCCCCACCCAAGGCCACUCACCCAAACCCACCACCACCAUUGGGCGUUUCCAGGUUACCACCAACCCUGAAAGCCGUGUUGGACGGUUCUCUGUCAGUCGCGCUCAGGAGCCCAAGCAGAGCCCUCCACCUGCUGCUCCGGCUGCUAAUGGACCCAGUGAUCCUGGACAGGUUCCCUCUCCAGACUCGCCUCAUAAAGCCUCCCUGCCGAGCCUAAACAACAACUCCUUUAACAAUUCCUACAUGAGCAGUGACAACGACUCAGAAUUUGAGGAUGAAGAUUUCAAGCGGGAAGUCAGUCGCCUCAGAGAAAAGCACAUACAUGAAAUUCAGGCCCUCCACUCUCGCCAGAAAGAGGAAAUUGAGCGUUUGUUUACAAGGCUGGGAAAGGUCCCUCCAGCUGCUGUGAUCCCACCCCUCAUUGCUUUGACUGGCAGGAGGCGGCGUCCCACCAAAAGUAAAUCCUCCAAAUCGUCCAGAAGCAGCUCCACCCAUGGCAGCAAGAGCCCUUUACAGCCAGGCAGCACUUUAUCAGCCCAGAGCGUCCCAGCCGGGUACCCAGGCCAGCUGCCCCUGUUAGCCCCCGGAGGUUUGGCCGAUUCGGGCAGCAGCACUGCCCUCCAGCCACUCAAACAGUGUCCCUCCAGUGACAACCUGUGUUCAGCCUACACCAGCGAGGCAGGGCUGUCUAUCCCCAGCUUGUGUGCUCCGACCCCGGGCUGUGUAAAGUUCAGCUGGGGUUCGGAGCGUGUGGCCUUUAAGCCGGGCGGCAGGAGGACGCGCUUUCUGAGGAAGAUGGUGAAAAAAGUCUGCCCCUGCAACCAGCUCUGUAGGACUAACAGCAGCAACGCAGUGAGCGGUUCAGAGGGGUUGGGUCAAAGUCAGGGGGGCUCUCAGUAUCUGGCCCCCAACAUGCCGGCCCCCCACCAGAGGAAAGGAACCUUCACCGAUGACCUCCAUAAACUGGUGGACAACUGGGCCAGAGAUGCCAUGAACCUCUCACAGGGUAAAAGAAGUGCCAAACAGCAACAGCAGCAGCAGCAGGCCCCGGCACAGGGACACAGCUAUGAGGUUACCCAGUCUGCCAGCCUGGGCAGGAAGUAUUCGGCUCCCGGCCAGCUUUGCCCCAGUAGCAUCGGAGGCUCCGCCCAACUCCCUGCAAACCCCACCAGCGCUACCUCUCUGGCUGCCAGGAAAAGCUCCCUCUGCCACCCUCCAGCCUCCUCCCCUCUCCCCCAACUCCAGCCGCCGCAGUUUAUCCACUAUGUCCCCAGCGCCACCUACACCGCUCAGUGGUGCGGUCCAGCUCACAGCAUGUCCAACCCACAGCAAGCACCAACGCAGCCUCUGUUGGUCAGCGCCUCUCAGCCGCUGGGGCCCUAUCCCCCUCCACAGGGCCAGCUACCAGGACAGGGCCCCUUUCUGCUCUCCACCACCCUGCAGAAGUCCGUAAGCAGCCCAGGAGGGCCAAACUUGAGGACCACAUAGGGGAUGGCGUCAGGGCGGGUUUCACUGACCGACAGCCCGGUUGGACAAGUGCAAGGUGGCUUGUUUUGCAGCUAAAGGAGAAGAAGAUGCACUGGAGUGGAGAAAAACCGAUCAUAAAUAUAUAUAUAUAUAUAUAUAUAUAUAUGGUGUGGUUGAGACACCAUCCUUGCUUUGGGGUCAUGACAGCCAAAAGAUCAAACACAAAGAAAAGAUAUGUGUGUUAUGUUAUAUGGUUAAUAUAGGCUUCCAAACCAGUUGCAGUGUUUGCUGGGUGCAUCACAGUAAAGAAAUAUUAAAAAAUGUCAUUUAUUUCAGUGCUUUCGUUCCAAAAAGUGAAACCCUUUAUAUAGAUUCAUUAAAAACUGGGUGAGAUUCAAGCAUUAAUUUCUGCGUGGCUUAAAUCAGGUCAUUUUUAAUAUGACCUCAGAGCGAUAAAAAAAAAAAAGAAUUGAAAUUCAAAGAAAUAGUGCCUUGGCUUUGUUAUGUCUUAAACAAAAAUAACUUAUUUUUUUCCUUCCCAUAAACCUUCCAUUGUUCAUAUGCUUGGAUCAGCACUCUGUCACCAAACAGCAUCUUCAGCAUUGAGCUGCUGGGAAACGUAGUUUUUUCAGCUUUAAUCCAAAUUUAUCAAUAUUAACAGAAAUAACGAAGUAAAAUAUUUCAUGAAUCUAUAUAACAAGAGUGUCACAUUUUGAAUCAACUGAAGUGAAUAGAUUAUUUUUCGGGAUUCAAU